AAAAAACAUUUAGAAUCCUAUAAGGAAAUGAGAGCCACGAAUGGAUGGAGUUUCUUAUCCACAAUUCCUCAUCUCCGAUGAGAUUAUCCAGGUCCCACCUCCACAAAACGACACCGUUCCCUCUCUGCAACCUUUCUUCCACUUCCUUCACAACCACAUUCCGCCAUCAGCUCCGCCACUGCUUUCUCUCCCGCCAUGGACGCCGUCUUCGUCAACCAGUCACUCUCCCGCCUCAAACUUCCCCCUAAACCCCCUCUCCCUAAACUCCCCUCUCCAAUUCUCCAUCUUCAUCUCCAUCUCCGCCGCACCUUCAAAUCUUUCACCGCCUACGCUGUCAACGAGCCCCUCACUCAACAAACCCAGCAACCAGAUGACUUCCCGGAAGACGACGAAUCCUACGGCGAGGUCGACGGAAUCAUCGGCAGUCGCGCCCUGGCCGACGCUACCGGAAUGGAGUAUCUAAUUAAAUGGAAAGACGGGCAUUCUCCGUCGUGGGUCCCUUCCGAUUUCAUCGCUAAAGACGUCGUCGCUGAGUACGAAACCCCCUGGUGGACCGCCGCCAAGAAAGCCGACGAAUCCGCCCUCAAGUCACUUAUCGACGCCGCUGACAGCCGCGAUUUCAACGCUGUGGACGAAGACAGCAGAACCGCACUCCUCUUCGUCGCUGGACUCGGGUCGGAGCCUUGCGUUAGAAUUUUAGCUGAGGCCGGCGCGAAUCUCGACCACCGCGACAAGAGCGGCGGGUUCACUGCUCUACAUAUGGCCGCCGGCUACGUAAAACCCGGCACGGUGGAGCUAUUACUGGAAUUGGGAGCAGAUCCGGAGGUGCAAGACGACAAGGGUCGGACGCCAUUAGUGUUGGCAAGGGAAAUUGUGAAAGCGACACCGAGGGUUCAAUUUGCAAGGAGGUUGGGGCUGGAGAGAGUGAUCGGAGCGCUGGAGAGAGUGGUUUUUGAAUUCGCGGAGGUGGAGGAGCUGCUGGAGAAGAGGGGGAAGGGGGAGAAUUUGGAGUAUUUGGUGAAGUGGAAGGACGGAGAAGAUAAUGAAUGGGUGAAAGCGGCGCUGAUCGCGGAGGAUUUGGUGGCGGAUUUCGAAGCCGGAUUGGAGUACGCGGUGGCGGAAGCGGUGGUCGGAAAGAGAGUUGGGGACGACGGGAAGAUGGAGUAUCUGGUGAAAUGGACGGAUAUUGAGGAUGCCACGUGGGAGCCUGAGGGUAACGUGGAUUCGGAUUUGGUUACGGAGUUUGAAACCGGUCAGAAGUCUGUUGGGCCUGGGCCCAUUUCGGAUCUUGAGGCCCAGUCCAGUAACGGCGGCCCAUGAGAAAAUGCCUUUUUGUUUUAUUUAGGUUAUUAUUAUUAU